AUGAGGGUAAGUACAGCCACAACCGAGUUCAACGGCGCCGAGCGAGAGCGUAGUGGUACCGCGUCACCAACUUCGCCAUCAUCCUCUCUCUCACCAUCACCGCCAGACGAUGUACACUUCGACAUGAGCGCACUAGCCGUAUCAUUGAGGAGCAGGAGGGAUAGUAUACAUCCUUGUGGGGCCGAGUGUAUAGAAGAUGUGGAGAUGUACUACGUCGCGCAGCCUGGGUUAUCAGGCGAUUGCACGAUCGACGACGAGACUUCAGGAGAUCUUGGGAUGGAAGAUAACAGCAACUCACACAGUCCAACUCCAAGCUCAGUCUACAGCAACGACAACACUCUUCCGUACCCCCUCCACAGUUUCCUCUACACACAAAGCGAAAGCGGUAUACCAGACAACGACGAAGACAACACCUCAUUCAACUUUCUGGAUGAGGUCCUCCUUGAUCUUGACACUUGGCUGGUUGCUGGGGGGUUGGAGAUGGGUGGCUUGCACGAUACUAUGACAGAGGAGGAGUAUGCAAAGUAUAAGGAAUGGUACAAGGCGGUUGUUGGGGGUGUUGCGAGGGGCAUGGUUGAGCGGGUGGUGGGGGGGGGUGGAGAGGAGGAGGAGUGUGUAAUGUGUAGAGGGAUAGAUGUCUACUUUGUUUUGUAGAGAGUGGAAAGAUUAGAUUGGCUAUACGUACUUCCUAUCUAGUACGACUCAAAAUUCAUGCCACAUCUCCUUCACUCCGUAGCCACCUCUACAUCCUCGUCAGCGUUCGGUGGCCAACACUUCCACGGA